CAUGUAUUUGUGACUGUAUUGUACUAAUAUGGAAAUCCUUUCCUAAUAAACCCUCUCACCUCUCAGACUGAUAUGAAUCUUAAUGAUGGAAAUAAUAGUAAACGUUGUAAUAAACUGAGUGUGAAGGAAGAUAAGGUCAUGAAAAGGCCAAAAGGUACAACCCUGGAUCCAAAAGAGCAACAAACAGAAUUUAAAUGUUAUUUAAGUCCUCUGUUUAAUUACAAAUAGUCAAAUAUGAUCAAUAAGAUGCUGAAGUUGGAAAAUAUAUGCUUAUUUUCAAUUUGAUGCCAGCUCUAUCUUUCAUAAAAAUGAGGACAGGGAGAGUGAAACUCUGAAACAGCUGUGAAAUACCAAGAAGAAUCACCUGGAGGAACACCUUCCUACUAAUUACAUUCAUUUAGCAACAGGUUAGUGAUAUGACAGGAUGUAACAGGGGAUUUAAAAGAGGGUGAAACUCUCAGAGGUAAGAAUGAGAAAAGAUUCACCACUUUAUGAGAGACAGGGUGAGGAAAUAGUCCACCGAAUUAAUAAAAGGCACAACUCUGUAGUGGAAAUCACCACAUGGGCUUAAGAUUUCCUCCAAAACUCAUCAUCUGUGAACACAUCUUCACAGUUGUGCACCGUGUGAAGAGGAGAUCUAUAUAAACAUGAUCCCAGCACCACAAUGAGCAGUUUUUUCAGCUCAGAGUUAAAAAUCCAGGCGUGGAGGAGAAGUGUUGAUGGUAUCAGAUUUAAAACGAGCACAUCUUUCUCUCCAAAUAAUAAAAUUGUUGGUUUCAUUGUCUGAUUUAUUCUCUUUGCGCCAUUUUCAAGAUCAAAUACAGUCUUUAAAUGAUUUUGCAAACCAACAAAUUCUGCAUUUAUUACCAUAUUACACAGAAUCCCAGCUCUUAUGGACUUGGAGUUGCACAAAUUGAUGCUUCUCUUCUAAUCUACUUCAUUCAUUUUUAUGUUUGCGGUUGUAAUGACUUAUGAUUAUCAAUCUAAGUGCAGGUCAUGGUUUAUUUCCGCUCCAUUUUCCACCAAAUCUCUGCCAAAGAGUCCUCAGAGCAGGCCGGAGUGUAUGAUUAUGCUCAUAAUGUUGGAAGGGGGGGCGGGGUCUCCGGGUCCUGCUCAUGAAUAUGGAGACACUCCCUCCCUGGUGAACUUGUGCAGAGAGCUCCAGUUCAGGCCAGCAGUCAGUCAGACAGUCAGUCAGUCAGAGAGCAGAGGGCUCGGCUGCCGCAUGGCCACCGCGUAAACUUUCUUCAACUUUUAGUGGAAACUGUUGGAUAAGGAAGCAGAGCAGACCCCCGGAGAGCUUCAGGGACAAACCAGGAAGAGGUCUUCUAUGAAUGUGGAACCUGAGCUCCGCUGUUCAAACUGUUGUUUCCCACUCGUGCAUGUUUAAACCAGAGGAGAGCUCUGGUGCCGUGUGUCGGCCAGACGACCAGUAACCAACGAGAGGCAACAGCAGUCCGGAGGCAUGACUCUGAGACGGGGCUCAGCGCUCUCUGCCUUCUUACUCUGCCUUCUCCUGAAGGUACGUGGACUACUUUUUCACACGGAUAGGGUCACUCAGUUCAGCUCUCUGGAUCUACUUUGAUUGCUUGUGUGUGUGUGUCGCCUGUAGGCUCCCCGUGUUUCCAUGCCUCAUGCAAAUCGUGUGUAGUCAGCCUGCUGCAAGUGCAAAUCAUGUAGGGCAGCCAAGGGCAAAACAGGCGCUUUGUUGCUGCAACUUUCUGUCAUAGUAUGAGGUCAAAGUUUUCCACUGCACUCACUUUUCUGUCUCCAACAGGUGUCUGAGGGAUCUGGGAUUUUCGAGUUGCAAAUCUUAUCGAUGCACAAUGCGAACGGGGAGCUGCAGAACGGCAUGUGUUGUGAUGGCGCACGGAACUCUGCGGAUCGGAAAUGCUCACGGGACGAAUGUGAUUCGUUUUUUAAAGUUUGCCUGAAGGAAUACCAGUCGAGAGUUUCUGCUGCGGGGCCCUGCAGCUUCGGAAUGGGAUCUACGCCUGUCCUCGGAGGGAAUAGCUUUUCUUUCAGGGGCUCUGUGAGGAAUGACAAAUCCAAGAUUGAUUUGCCCUUCAGUUUUGCCUGGCCGGUGAGUUGGAGACAACCCGAACUUUGUGUGUUUGUCGACGCGCUUCUCCAAACGGAGGAGUGUGUUUGCAGGGCAAUUGUGCACAAUUACUGUCCGUCAGUCGUUGUCACUCAGCUAGAAGUGGAGAGAAAGCAAAACAAGCAAAGACAGAGUUUCUCCGUCUGAGGUAGGACCCCCUGGUCUCCUCAUUAUCUGCUCCAAUUAACCAGGUGCAGGUAUUUUUCUCAGACCUCUCUAUCCGAGUCGAUUUCAGACUGAUGUUGGUUUUCAGGGCCGAUACUGACACCGAUCAUUAGUGGUUCAUGAGGCCGAUGUUUGAGACCUUAAAAAUGUUUCUUUCCUUCAAAUUUCUGUCAAAUGAAACCGUCUAUCCUUCUCUGAAAGACAUAAACGAGUAAAAAGAUCAACAGUUAGGAAGAGUUUGGAGACUCAUAAUGAAGUUUUUUAACCCAUGAGUAAAAGUAGCAUUAACUGUUGGCUCACCUGUAGCAGAGCCAAAGCAGCUCUUCUUUUUAAUCAUGUUAUUUCAUUAGUGAUUGAUACCGAUACCGACCAAAUCCUGAUUAUUGGCUCCCUAACAUUAUCCAGGCUGACCCCCCUUAUUUUUAAAACUUCUUCAUACUGGAUCCUCCUGAAACCUCUGUGCUCAGAAAAAGAGCUGAAACAUGCAGUGAGACACAAAAGCAGAGAGAUCUGUGACCAACUAGACUCUAGUUUCAUGUAAAGUCCAGUUUAUCUUCAUAAAAAAAGACUUUUCUCAUCUUAAUCCAGCUGUACAGGACUCCUUUGUUGCAUUCCUCUCCUCAUAAAUAAGUUUUUCCCUCCUCUGACUCGAUUCAACAAUAAAAAGUGGAGAUGAAAAGCUGGUGGAGCAGAUUUCCCCUCCUCUGCCCCCUGGCAGCUGCUCAUGUUGCAGAGUAGAGUAACUCUGCAGUGAAAAGCCCACUUUCCUCCAGUGUCAGCUCUUCUUCACAGAGUAAAUAAAUGGGCCUGGCAGGCCUGUGGGAGCGUCGAAGCUCUGUGAGAGAUAUGAUUUGCCGUGUUGGAGCCGUGAAAAAAGCAGGACUGUGCACAGACUGACUGGCCCCACAGCUCGGGCCGCAGACUCCUCUACUGUGCCUGAUGGGUGAAAGGCACAGUCCACUGGUAUGUGUGUGUCCAAUUACAUCAAGGCUAUUUUUACCCCAAUCCUGGUGGAAGUUGUUGUUGUAAUUUAGAGCAUUGUUCUGCAGGAACAGGCCUGGAAGAGUCUGCAGAGUUUAAAUCAGUUGCAUGGUUUCCUCUUCGUGUAAGAAGAGGUGGUUUGAAUGUGAGCGUCCCCUUUGCCCCGAUAACCAGUCGAACAAUGUCCUCAGCAGGGUAGCAUGCAAUUUGAUAUGGUCUGUAUUUUUUAUUUGCUCUCCACUUAGACACUGGCGCCUCACACCUUUUUAAAGACAAAGGUUUCUGUUUAUGCUCACACCAUGGCAGCGCUAAGUUGGCAUGGCCGCUGGGAGACGGAUUAGUUUCAUCUUACAGGUUGAAAAUCAGCCGUUUGUUGAUAUUGAAAUGAAACCUGCUGCCUUUUCUGGUUUGAGGACAUGGCUUCUCUCGUUUUUUUUCUUACAUAAUGAUCAAGUCUCAACCAAAUGGCACCACGUCCUUGGAGAAAAGGAGGCUUUGAAAAUGUUUGUUGUAAAAGUUUCUUCGUCUGUAAAAAUGGACGAAGAGCUUUGGUUGUGAGAACUGUCACGUUUAGAUGAAUUAAUUGAAGGCGGCUCCAUUGUGGAGAACAUGAGGUUAGUGAAAGAAGAGAGCGGCUCGUUAGCUUCUCUCAUCCUUCACUUCAAGUGCUUUCCUUCAGUGCACAUUCACAAUCGUCAGGUUAGGUAUGAUAUCACUCUUUGUCCUUUUCAUCAGUUGAUUGGCUGUUGUGGACAGAUGGCAGUGUGGUGCAUUUGGGUUGUUGGGUACUCCGAGUUCAUGAAGCUUUUUUUUUUUUUUUUGAACCCCCCUCCUCCUCCUCCUCCUCCUCCUCCUCUUCAUCCUCUCUUGUGAGCUGCAUGAAGUUGGCCUCUUGUCCAGGCCAAGGGCUUUGUUUAAGUCACGCUCGGUUGGACCCCAGGCAUUUCAUCGCUUUAACCUUGCCACCCACAGUAACUGCUGCACUUAAUGAGGCUACACACAUGUGCUUAGAUCAGGUAGGAGGAGAGCCAGGCCUCCAGCUGAAAGGCGAAGGCUGGCCGUCUUCAGCUUUCAGGAGAGUGUCGCCGCUUUAGGGCCCGGCGUGGACCCACCGGUGUCUGCUCCGGGCUUUUAUUCCACAGAGGAGUCAGGGCCCUCGCAGUGUAUCGAGCGGGGACAAUAGUGUGCCCUCAGUGACUACAGUGAGGAUUACAGAGCAUAAUAGAGGCCGUGCAGCUGUAAUGCCAGAGCAGGGCAAGCAACAGGAAGCAGUUGUAGUAGACUCAGCAGUGAUGGAGUUGGCUCUCAGGCAAACUGUGACCUCCUCUCUGUGACCACCUCAGCAGUUUUACACCUCUACGAGCGAGGAGAGGAGGAGUUUCUCUGGAGGUGGAGAUGUUUCAGAUUCUUGUUUUCCUUCCUGAAGAAUCAGAACCAGCUCUGCAGACCCGGCGUGUGUGCACAUAUGAGAAAUUUAAGACCACGAGCACCACCGAUGUGACUCCAGGGCAGUUAAAAAAAAACACUUUCUAUAGACUUUUAAAAGAGGAUUCUUGGAGGACAGUUCAGAAAAUAACAACAGAGGUCAUAUAAGUAGACAGUCAAGCUGCUAACUAAUAUCUGAGGCUUGCAUGGGUAUCAGUCAAGUCGUAUCUGUUCCCAUCUCUGCCUCUUUGGAUGUUGCAGACAGAGUGAACUCAGCUGGAUCAUCUUUGGAGUCUCGUAUGGACGGGCACGGGUGAAAGAGGUCUCGGUGAAUGUUUAACCAAAUGGUGCGGUUGUGCCCCAUUUGGUCUGAUAACACGGUUCACCCCACAUAGCUCUGAAAUGACUCUCGUCUCCCGUCCAGUGUCUGUUUUUCUUCUUAGCAGCCAUAUUUGUUUUGCAGAGUCUUUGUGGAUGUCAGACUGUUGAGUUUGUUUGUGCAGCGUCUUGAUGUUUGCAAUCAGAAAUGUUCAUUACAAAAGUGACAUCAGGGGUCAGCAGGUCAUACAGAGUCUGCGUAAACACAACACUGAUGUUUGCUCGCAUUAUGAGACGGAUCGGAGUCGCUCCUCUUCUCACCUUUACCUGCUUGUGUUGAACAUGCUGUAGAAGAAGAAGAGCUGAUUUGCUGAGUCAUGACUUGGUGAGACUCUUUGACAUGAGUUUACGUAUCUAACCUGAUCUUGGGUGAGGUGUGAAGAUGAUUAGUGGCUUUCUUUAUUAAAUCUCUCACCUCACGUCUCCUGUUCUGGCUGAUCUGCCUCUUUUAUUUCUGCUCCGAUUUAAUUAAUCCCACGUUUGAUAGUAUAAUUUUCAACCAUAUUUUCCCUUUGACAUAAAUCUGGCGCGCCUCCUCAGACCUGAGCGGUGUUGGCAUGGCUGUGAAUUGAUUCGUUGACAGGUCGGAGCCGUUUGAGAAGCGGGAUCAGGUGAGUCGCUGCAGAACAAUACCCUCAGCUUGGAGGCUCGGCGGCGGCGGCGCUGCGGGCAGCUGUGGGAGUAAUGACAUGUUUGUUUUAUAUAGUCUGCUCUGAUGUGGCAGUUAAGUGCAAAUUACUGCAGUGAAAGAGGGAGAAGACAUGUGCUCCCACCUCUCCCUGUCCUCGGCUUCAACAAGGACUCUCAGUGUUGUGUCAGGGGGGGCGUUACAUAACGGUUUCGCUGCUUAUCAGACUCGUUUCAUGCCGGUUUGAAGCGUUACACGUAUAGAAAAUGGAUUUAACCUGCCCUGCUUUUGCCUCUCUUAUAGCUGAGAGACUCCUGCUAAAGAAACAACUGGCUGCUUGUUUAGUUAAAGACUUUAUGACUUUCAUCCCAGGUUCUGGGCUCAUGUUUUGAUCUUGUUUGUCUUGCGAGAGAUCCAAACUCUGUUUGCUGUGUGUGUCAUGUUUGAGUUGGCAGGUUGUGAGAUUCUUGUUCGGGGUGAGGUUCUGUCCUAUCCUGGAGCUGAGGUUGUUUUUUACAGUUAUAUUUAAUAAGCUGUUGAUUGCACGUGUUGGGAUGAAAAUCUCCGGGUAAACAAUGAUCCCUUCCUUCCUUCCUCUCGGGUCCAUCAGCGCAGUGAGCGUCCUUGAUGAUGAUGAUGAUGAUUGUAAGCGUCGUCUUUUCAGGACUGAGGCCAGGUUUCACAGCAAACAGGGUGUGUGGAGCAGAAGUCUUAAUCAUUGGCUGGAGCCCACUUUGAUGCAGUUGAUGUGAUUGAUUCAGGAAAACUGAUACAGAAGGUCAACAUCCCUCUGAACGUGUUGUUGACAUUUCCUCUGAGCUCAGUCUAAUCUGCCAGGCCCUGAUUUCAGACCUUUGGCUUUUCCUGGUACCUUUUCUUUCAGCUCGCUCUGGAGAUGGCUCCAGAAAAAGAGGAGAGAAGAGUGUGUGCAUGUGUGUGUAAUUGUGUGUGUGUAUGUUGGAAAAAUCCCCUUACUAAGAGGAGUCAGUUAGUGUUCUUUGGCAAGUCAGUGUGAUCCGAACUGGAACGAUCUUUAUCGCGUAUGUUGCUCGUCUGUUGGACAGUGUCUGCUCGGCCAGGAAAGAUAAGGAGACAUAUGGCCACACUUAUUGCUCUUGGACGUGUGCGUGUGUGAAUGUGUGCGUGUGUGAAUGUGUGUGUGUCUGCAUGUGUGUGUGUGUGUGUGUGUGUGUACUCUGUAGUUCAAAGAGAAGCAGUGAGUCAGCUGGGAGCCUGGGAAAAGUGAACCUGGCAGUGGCAGACGGUUCCAAGCUGAUAACCGCCUGGAGUUAUGGAGUGUUAGUGCGGGAGGAGUCGAGCUGAAUCUCACUCUCUCUGGAAGCACUUAUUUGGUCUGGAGCAAAACAUCGCAAAUUACUGCGAGGCUACUUGUUAAAUCGAGCCAGUACAACAUGAUUAAGUAAUACAAAGCUUGUGAAGUGGGGAUGGGAACAAAUAAGAUUUAAUCGAUACUGAUGCCUUUAUUGGUUCUGCUCAUUGGUCCGAUUCUCUUCAUCGAUUCUCUAAACAGGCCCAACCGGUUUUCAGUGUCAACAAUCCAAGUUUUAAUGAGACUUUUAUAAGCUUCACUACGCCUGAAAAAAUCAUACAUACUCAGUUUACAACAAGAAUCACACUACAAUCAAAACAUCAAUCAUGAACAGUCUGCCGGUCUCACGAAGGGAGUGGAUUUUACAGUGAGUCAUUUUAUUAUAAGAGUAGCAAUAUUUGGUUAUAUAAGGUACUGUGUGGUACUGCUGUCUUUUCUGUUUACCAUGUUUACAUCAAUGUUUUCUAAGCCAUGUGCAACUUAGUGGAAGGGAACCAUUAUAGGUUCAAGAUUAACUCUUAGAUGCAAACGUUAAACAUUUGUACUUGAUAACUCUUCUUUUAGCCGUUUUUAUUCAGCUCCAUAACUUCUGAUCGACUGGAAAAUAAAUAAAACUUCUAAUAAAAGGAUAUCACACAAAAGCCGUUGGAAAAUGUCGAAAUAAAAGCAUCAAAACGAUCAUUUUGUGAGACAUUUUCUCAUCUAGAGAAUUUUCUGUCUCAGGGCUGGUGAUGUGAAGAAAACGUUACUUUACAAACACGGACAGAAGCUGCAGGUUGUCAGAAAAAAAUCACAAACUAAACCUAUUUUUGUUCAGAUCCAAGAUUUUGACUGACAUGUUGGGUACAAACUAAAAAAAGGAAGGGCCAAAACUGAUCUGUCGUUGAAAGAUUUAUAAAAAGUAAGAUGUUUCUUUGACCUUGGUUUGCUGUUUGUUGUUUUUUCCUUAAAUCGAUCUGAUUUGCGCUGCAGGAGUUGUCAUAGUUGUUGUGUUAUAAUUUGUGGGGCUUUUAUUUUGAAAUUAGAUACUUUCAUUUCAUGCUUUAAAAAAAUUGUGCUUUUAUUUUGAAAUGAAGUCUAUGCUUGAAAGACACUGAACUGAAUGAAAAUGACUAAAAGAAGAGUUAGAGAGUAUAAAUGUUGAAUAUUUUAACAUCCUGAAGAAGUUUAUGUUGAUUUUUGAUUCAUAGUUUCCUUCUUCUGCUUUAUGGUGACCAGUACCAACCCUUCCUUUGAACCAGUGAGUUACACAUCAGUUAUUUUUAGCCUCAUGUCUUUAAGAAGACAUUUAUCAUCAUAAAGCUGCGUUGCGACAGCUCUACCAUGAAUAAUGUGCUCCAGUUACGUCAAUGUGAGCAUAAAACUGCAAACAUUAUCUUCUGAAACUGUCAUCCAAACACGUUUAGAUCACGUGAACAUGAAACUUUGACAUGUUCAGCGCGUGAUAAUGAUGUUCUUUGUGCAGCCGGAGCUCCCAUGUUGAGACAGGUCCAAAUUUUGCAGGAAUUGGGUGUGACUGCUCUGCUCCGGAACAUCUGCAUUUAAAGAAAUCGACCAUUAAACUUGAUUUCUCCUGACAACAGUCGGCCACAGAGUGAUCAAAUGAUUCCCCUCUCUGCUCCCAUCAGCCGGGGGGACCCCAGUGUGAAAGUUUGGUCGUGCAGCAGGUGACUGAGGCGAGUUGAUGUUUUUAUUUGGCAGGGAUCCAUUGUUGCUGCUCGUCUAAGCGCCUGUAAACUGAUCACAUGCUGCUCAGAAACGCUCCGAUUGUCUGCGAGGUCACUGAAAGGGGAAUUUUCUGUAGUAACGUCGAGGUUUUGUCCCAGUUUUGGCUCCCUAUGUUAGUCACAAUCACGUCAAUUUCAUGUCGCAACGGUGACUCAUUUAAGAUUCCAAGAGACAGAUGAUGAUCUACUACGCUUGUGUGUGUGUUGCGUUCAAGUUCCCGUUUUCUAGAUGAGACAUUUAGUGCCCUGUGUGGGAUGUAUGUGUGUGGGCUCUGAAAUAGAUUUCUCACACCCCAAAAAUGUUUCAAAAGUGUGAGUCUGUGUGUGUUUGGGUGUGUGUGGAUACUGGGGUGAUGCAUUCAAGAGUUGGAAAAACGACUCUCUUUGUGGAAAUUUCAAGCGAAAAACUUCAGCCGCACAGAUUUGGACGCACAAACUCAACAAAUCAGUAAGAUGACACAGCUUUGUGCUGGAGGAGAAGCCAGAGGGACUCUUGUUCCUGGUGUUAAUACAAGGCUGGGCCCGGGCAGCGGAUGAUUAGGUCUCACAUUACCACUGACUCACUUUCUCGAGCUCUGUGUCGAGUCGCUGCAGCCAGUUGUGAGUCAGACUGAACUGUAAAGCCUGUGCUGCUGAUGAGCCUGCAUUACAAAUAAUAGCUGCCCUGAUUGCAUUGAAACUUUGGCACAGGAUGAGACAGACGUCUCCUGGAAAAAUGGAAAGCUGAAUGCUUGACAAAACAAGGUGAAGCCACUGAAAAAAAAAGGCCUUCAGGAGUGAGUCAUGGAGCUUGUCUUUCAGUGGAAAGAGAAUAGGGGGUUUCCUUAGCGCAGGUUUGUUUACCAUGAAGUCAUCGCAGCAGCAGCAGCAGCACACGGGGCCACAGUGGCAGAGCAGAAUGUCUGAAAUGCCUCCGAGCUGCGCUGCUAGGGGCCGGCAUGUGUGCGAAUAUAACAAGUAGGUGUUUCUAGUGGAAGCUGGAGCACUGUAAGUGGAUUACACUUUCUCACAAUCACAUACUUUCUCUCUCUCAGGCCGUCAUGCGCGCUUGCAGAGGCAUUGUUAGUCCCCUCAUGACUGCAGCACAGGGCGAUGUGAAUGUGUAAGCUGAUAUCGGUGUGAGCGCUACCAACCCUGAGCGGGACAAAGCGCUGAAAUCAAGACAGGCCCUCCAGAGUCGAGCACUCCGCUUCUCUCAGUUUCUCUCUUCAUGCAGACUGUUUUCCCUUCUCUUCUUUUUUGUCACUCAGUUUUUCUGCCUGUGUAAAGUUUGACUAAAGAUCAGCUCCCUGAGUCCGGAUUUUCCCUGCACUCGUAGCUCCCGGCGCUCGAUGUUUACAAAUCCGUGUACGUUGCAAAACAGAGCUUUGCUCUCAGAACGUUGGAAAUCCUCUGCAGACUUCUGUCUCCACACUUUGAAACUUGGAAAAACUUUUUAAUAAUUUCCAAAGAGGGUUAGUGCAGUGAAAGUGUUAUUAUGAUUCAGUGUACUCUCUGUUUUCGGUGCAGCAGACGCCCUCGUGCUGGGUGGUUGUCCUGGAGGACCAGUCCUCUCCAUGUGUCAGUCAUCCUAAUCGUUGUGACGCAGAGACCUCUGCACCACAACAAGCUUAUCCUCUGUUAAUCAGAUCAACAGGACCAUUGUUACAGGUUAACAGUUAGCAGCUUCCAGGCCUUGUUUGAGAUUACUCAACGAGAGGGAGAGACUUCAGCCGGGGAGACCGUGGGAAACUGAGAGCUGUGGAUUUGGACACGCUCAGAGUGGAGACACACACAUACAAAUAAAAACAAAACUUUGUUCAUUUAAAUCCACCUGCUGUUUGAGAUGUGGAGGUGACUGUAGAGAAACAGAGGAGUGAGGGGUUUUAUUAUGUGGUCUGAGAAUAUGAGCUGAAAGGUUAAUAAUAUCAAGGUACCUGCUCACCUGUGCGCUCUGUCUGCAGUCAAGCUUAUGAUUCAUCACAUCUGCGUACAUGAAGCAGCUGAAAUACGAGGCUAAUGUUACCUGCAAGAACAAAUGAACUCAGACUGAUCUACAUCACACUGUGACUGUUUAUAGUUUAGGACUCACAUCUGUAACUAUCACAGCCUCACAGGUUAACCUGCAGCUUCAUCAUCAGUGAACUCUGUAGAAAGUUUCGUAUUCAGUCAUUAAAAGCUCUUUUCAGUCUCUUUUUGCUUCUUUUAAAAAAACUCCCGUCUGUUUUCAUAUUUCUCCUUUUGGGUAAAAAAACAACCACAGAAACGUCCCAGACAGCUGGUGCAGACAGGAACCUGUAACCUGCCAUCUUGGUUCUCACGCCACACUUACAAAUAAAUAGUAAUUUCCAGGUGCAAGUGGAAGUACUGACGUCAAUGGAGAAAACUUUUGUUUUCACUCACUACAGGACUGUUCAAGUCUCCACUUUUUUCUCUGUUUAUGUGUAGACAUGAGGCCUGAAUGCAGAAAAUCAUCAUAAAUAUCCACCAAAGUGUAAAUGAGGCCAAAGAAAGUCACAGAAUACAAACAAACUAAAGUCUUUUGACCCUGAUUUGUCUAAAAACAGAAUGAACAUCGGUAACUCCAGGGUAUUUAAAAUUGAUGGGUUUUUUUAGAGGAAGUGUGACAUCUUCAUUUGACAACUUUCACUUUUUAUUCCCAUGAUUUCAUUCUGACUUUUUUUUCCCCUGAAUUUUGACUUUAUUCUCAAAGUUCGUGGGAAAAUCAUAACUCCCUCUUCACUUCCUUCCAAAUCAGCCAAUCUCAUAAAAUCCAAGAUUGAAUAACUCUUCUUCUUAUUUUAGAGGAAUCAGGUAACCUCAGGUCUGAAUGUCAAACUGUGAGAUAAUUUAUCAGGAGAAAAUAGGACUCCUCCACCUCAGGUUAGUUUGCCUGGUCGGUCAUCAACUUUGAACCCUGCAGGAUAAACUUCCUCAGCACAUCUGUCUUAAUCAUUAAAUGUUGAUUUUUAUGAUUUUUUUAUGGCGCAGUGAUUGCUCUGAUGAUCCUCCUCUUGGCUAACUCUCCUUUUAUCUCUUGUCUUGUCUCCCACAGAGGUCCUACACUUUGAUAGUGGAAGCCUUGGACUACAACAACGAGAGCAGUGGUGAGUGCUUGUCCUUGUCUGCCAUCUCCAUCUUGCUUUUACUCUCUCUCCUCUGUCCCCCCCCUCCUCUCUCGCCCCCACGGUAAUGUCUGGGAGGAGUUGGUGUUGAAGGUCAGAGAAGGAAGUUUAUUCUUCCUGAACUCCCUGCCCUCGUCCGCAUGGUCCUCUGGGUGUGUGUGCGUGUGUGUGAGAAGAAAGUGUGUUGACAGGUGCCUGUAAGGCGGAGAGCAGGGACGAGGAAACGAGGGGGAAGAAGAAGAAGAAGUGGGGACAGGACAGACGGGGGGUGCAGACAGAGAGGAGGAAAUGUGGCGAGGUAGAGGAGGGGAGGGAAAAAGAGAGGGGGGGUCUGCUCCAGCUCCUUAUGAAAAUGUUUUCAUUCGGCCGAUGACUGAUGGCAGGUGCUGCCAGCCAGGGUCAGGGUCACGCCGUCUCACUGUCACUGAGGCGUAAAGCUGAGAGUUCAUCCCCGCACUGCAGCCCCAGAGCGGGGGGCCGAGGUCAGCGUUACCUCUGCGGCAGGUGGGCUGCAGACUGAGCUCUGACUGAGCGUGUGCAGCAGAAGUCUCACCAGCGUCCUGAUUGAAACGCCGUGGGCGUUCUUCCCAUGCAUCUGGGAAGAACUCUGUGGUAACACGCUGAAUCGAAAUUCUGGUUGCCAGGUUUGGUUUCUGCCGUUAACUCGGCUCGGAUUCCUGCUGGUCGGCGGUCGGAUUGGCGACAGCGUGGUGAUUCCAGUUAAGGGGGGGUGUGUGUCCCAUGCUUGUUUAUGCGGGUCUGCCCGAGGUCAACAAGGUUUCGGUCUUUUCUGCUGUAUUUGCCGCUCCCCAGAGAGCUAUUAGGGCACUGGUGUGAAAAGCCCCCUGAAUGUACACAGUCAAUGCUGGAUAAGCCCCUCUGAGCUCCAGCGGGCCGGCUCACAGCUCAGCCAGGAAAGUCUCAACGUAUGAAGAUGACUUAGAGUUUAGAUCCAACCAUCCUUAUCAAACUAAACAUUAAACUUCAGUGCAGAAUAAACCCACAGGCUUCAGUUUUAGUCCAAUUAUUUCUGAGUAUUUACUUUAAUUUAAUCUCUUUUAAAAGAAUGUAUAAACCUGAUAAAUAUGAGACUAAAAAAAGUUUAAUGUAAAUCAGACAUGACUCUGUAGUGGAAGUCACUACAUGCAGCAGACGUUCGUGUCUGUUAACACAUAAAAAAACAUAAAACUGAACCAUUUUGAAGAGAAAAGCAGAUAUAAACAUGACCCUGAAAUGCUGGCGUGUGUAAAACUGUCCUGUGGUCUGACAAAGUUUCAAAACUUGACUUUUGUUUUGGAAAUCAUUGACGCAGCAUCCUCCGCUCUGAAGGAGGGAGGGACCACCCAGCUUGUUGUGGACGCACAGUUAGAAAACCAACAUCCUUGAUGGUCUGGGGGUGCAGAAAAGACCAUGACUCCACUAAUGCUGUAUAAUAGAUGCAGGUUCUUAUUCAAAGCAUAUUUUCAUUUCAUAUUUUUGUCAUUCAGAGCAAAAAAAAUAAAAUGUCAUCUGCUAAAAAUACAAACUGCGAAGCUUCAAGACUUCACAUAUUUCAUUGAGGAAAGAAUGAAAAAGCUAAGGCCCCAAAACGGAGCCUUGUGGGACCCCACGGUUAACGUUUCUAUACGUGAAGACAACUUCCCCCUUUUUAAAGCCUCAAAGUUUAGAUCUUCUCAUAUAAAGUGCUUUAGGUGUUCGUUCAUGACCUCUCUCAGCUUCAUUCGGCUCGUCUGAUGGAUGUUUAGCUCCAAACCAGGCAGCAGGUAGUAAGGACGUGUUACUCCUGACACUGUAGGCCAGCAGUGGGUAGAGAAAUGCCACACAGCUGAGCUCUGGAUUCCAGUCCUCUGUGAAAUGUUACCGGGCACUGUGAUUUCAGCUCCCCCUCCCCAAAUACACCACAGAGCAGUAAAUAAAUGACAGCAGGCCUCCCCCCCGCCGCAGUUCAUUGCAUCAUACUACACAGAGGAGCGAUUCACCCGGCGGUCAGCCACCUCUGCUCAUGUCGGUGCGGUAAAUAACAGCUGUGACAUAUUUUUCAUUCUCUCCCAGGUGGAAGAUUUAGAUAUCAAGUCAUGAGUGCUGCAUGUGUGGUGCUAAUGUGCAGCAUGUGUGCAUUGCGGUGUGUGGAGACGGGGCUGAGCAGGUUUGCUCACUUUAAGUGUGUUUGCUCUGCGUGUGACGCUCUUCUCCCCAGCUCUCUCGGCUCCCGGGUCAGUCCUUGCCAGUUUGACAGAGUCGUGACCUCCUGAUGUUUGAUGAGAAAAUAAGUCGGUUUCUGGGUUCGAGUCUGUGUUGCACAAUCACAACACAGGCUGGUUUCCUCUCUCCUUAUCUGAGGGAUGGAUAGAUCUCUGUGAGUGAGUGAAAAAGAGUCGAGUCAAGACCUUUUUUUUUUGUUUUAACUGCUGUUAGCUGGAGAAAGUAUGUGAGAAAAGUGCUGAUGGCACUCUGGCCGUCUUCCCAGCAGUGACUGUGGCAUUGGUGUCCUCAUACUGUAAUUUAUGGUGGCUGCGGUUCCGUCCUCGCCGGAGCAGAUCCAGAGGGCAGCAUCUGAGCCCAGUAAUAUCCUCAAGCUGUAAACCUGAGAAUCAGAAACCGAGCAGGGAGAGCCGGAGAGGGAGCGUGAGAAAAACGCUGAGCAGAGCGCUCAUUACAGGCAGCCUUUUCCUUUUUUUUUCAUGCAUUUCCUCCUUGUACUUUUCUUCCUCUGCAGCACACAUAGUUGCUUUAAUUACAUAUAAUCUGCUAUCGAGGAGAUCUUCGGCAAUUUGUGUCCGAAUUUUUGGGGCAUUUUUGGGUUCCCACUGUAUGAUCGCGGUGGAGAUUGCUGCUCCGAAAUGCGUAAUGUAGGACGGUGCAUUCCUCUGGAACAACGAGCUAAACUGAGGAAACAAAAAGAUCAUUUUCAGCAGUAACUCUGCUCUCAGUCUUGAUUGUAGGGAUGUCCCAAUCAGCUUUUUAGGCCCUUAAUCCAAUCUGUUUAACACUGGGUAUUUACCAAAACAGAGUCCUUUUACCGAUGCUGAGAUGAUAGAGCUGAUUAUGGUGCCGUCACUGAAGUAAACUAAUUAAUGUCGUCUGGAAAACAGGCUCAGAACGGUGUUUUGAUUUAGUUAAACUUGAAGAUUCAGUCACAAAAAUGGACAACAGGACGUCCAAAAGUCAACGAAAACUAGUUUUCUCUACUAGGACAUGUGCUGGUUGUCCAAAGCGACGACUUCAACCAACUCCUCCAUCAUUUUUUGCCUCUUGGCUUCUCUCGGGGGAAAUUUAACCACCUUAUCAAAGUUCAGAGGGUGUCACUUUGGCGCAGCAGUCUCUCCUAAAUCCAACGUUGAAUCAAAAAGGUCGAUUUCCACGUAGGUCUUCAUGGAUUUAGAUUUGGUUGAAUUGACUAGUUGCCCCUUUGGAUAUCUAAUUAGUAUUUUGUUUUUAAUUUUAGUGCCUCCUUGUAUCAGAGAGUCAUGUCAGUGGAGAUAUUUCAGAUAAAGCUGAACCCCCACCCUCCUCCCUCUGCUGCACGUCUUUUUUGUCCUGCGUUGUCUUUAAUUGUUCUUCUUGCUGUUUCCUUUCAUUUGGAUCCAUGUUAAGCACAUUAAUUAAAAUGCUUCCACUCUGUUGACAUCUGAAUUUAAAACAGCUGAUGUAAAACGCCCUGAUUGUCUCGUAAUCAAUGUUUCUUCUGCGCAGACGGGAGGCUGAUAGAGAAAGCCUCUCACUCCGGGAUGAUCAACCCCAGCCCACAGUGGCAGAAGCUGACCCACAACGGUCCCGUAGCCCAGUUCGAGUACCAGAUCCGGGUCAGCUGCGACGAGCACUACUACGGUUUCGGCUGCAACAAGUUCUGCCGGCCCAGGGAUGAGUUCUUCGGGCAUUACACGUGCGACUACAACGGAAACAAGACCUGUCUGGAGGGCUGGUCUGGACCUGAGUGCAACACAGGUGAGCCCUGCUGAACCAGCAGCAUGAGAUCACCGUAGUUGUGGAAAUAGUGAUCCAGCUCCAGACAGUCAGAUUAGGAUUCCUGCCUCUGAAUGAGUCGUCCAAAAACGAGCAGCCAGACUGUAAUCAGUGAUUCAUGCUGAUACACUGUCUGUUGCAUUGAGCAGAAUCAAUGGAGGGCUUUGUUUGUAAGUCGAACAGCAUUUUUCCUCUUUCCUUUUCCAUUCAAUUCAAGCUUUUUAUGGCCCUCUAUGAGCAGAAAUAAACUCACAUUCCCAGGAAAUCAGGCCGGGCAGCAGCGGAGUCCGUAUUUAAUAUUUUAUUGUGUCGCAUGUCAGAGCGGGCUGGGUUUGUUUGCGGACAGCUGUGUUUAUAUUCUCAGGCUGUAAGGAAAUAGAGGGUGGUAAUUAUAUCAUUUAGUGCUAUGAUUAAAACAGCUUAACGAUUAUAACAGCUGAAAAAUGGAGCUAAGUUUGAACCGGGCUGUGACGUUUCUCCCUCCUCUUCUUCUUCCUCCUCCAGCGAUUUGUCGACAAGGCUGCAGCACCGAGCAUGGAUCCUGCAAGGAGCCGGGAGAAUGCAAGUAAGUGACUGAGGCUGCUCUGUUAUCAAUGAGCGCGCUCUGUUUUGAAAAAUGUAAAAUGUCAAAAAUUCUUGUUCGAGCGCCUCUUUUAUUAUGGGAGCGGUUGCCAGGAGCAUGUGGUGUGGAUCAUUUAGAUAUGUAGGGAUUGUGUCCAAGCACUCAUUCUGUCAUGGCAUGGAUCUCUCCCUGUACGUGCCUGCUUCUCCGGCCAAGAGGCUAUCAGAGCUUCUGGCUUUAGCCGAGAUGCUUGUAAAUCUCCCUCGUGGAGCUCUGGACCCGGUCUGAGGAAAGCAGGGUCUCCUCCAGCCAAGAGUCCAUGUUAAAAAUGCAGCUGACGUGUUUCCAUCUAAUGAGGCGAACGUUAUCAGUCCGAUCGUGUGUAACGUUCGGAUGAGCGUUAAAGUGAACUGUUUGUGUAGCUAAUGGCUUCCUAAUGCUGUUUAUGCACACAGCCAGAGGAAAAGCCGCCGCAGAUGGAUAUCAGAGCCGGGGCAUUGUGUGCGAGUCACACUUACAUCUCCUCCUCAUCCUGGAGGAGGCCCCGAACCGCCCGACGCACACUUAGUUUCAGCCUGACCCACUUUUACCAGAUGUUGGAGACCUGAAAGACCCGACCAAUUACAGCUGAUAUUGAUAGAUUUAACACACCAACAGAGUGGGAACCUCCUAAAACUCAACUUAAGGUUACAAAAACAUCACAGACAAUAGAGAGAAUCGGCCAAAUCUGCAGACCAGUGCUGGACAGUCUUCAGGGUUUCCCCAAAGUUAGAUAGCGGGUCAUAAAUAUUGAACAUGUGUGAUAUUUAUCGACCACAAUGUUCUUCCAAACAGAUGAAAGGAGGAAAAACCGCUCCAAACAUCCCAGAAAAACCAAGAGAGAUUUGGGAGUAACAACCCUUAUUUUUCUCUCAAUCUGUUGCUUUUUGUCGGCCAUGUUGACUGACCCACAUUGGUCCUUGUCAUUGGCAUAAUACCCACUGAGAGAAACACCAAGGAGUUGUUUUUCAUGCCUGUUAUCCUGCAAGGAAGCAGUCUUGUUGGGAAAGCAUUUUGCAUUAUUCACCCUAAAAUUAUUCCGUCUAGAAAAAAUAAGGAGUAAAAAGUUGUGAGGAGACGGUAAAGAAAUCUCAAACUCCUCCACAAGUCCAGUCAGACAGUUUUUGAAGAUCCUGACUUCCCUCCUCUGCUGGAUUUUCCCACAGUUCAGUCAUCAGCUGCUCCGUUUGUCUGAUUCACUCAUAAAUCAUCUCACAGACGAUCAGGUUUGCUCAUUUUCUGCUGCAGCUUUGUUGUCGUUCCCAAGCCUCUGACAUCACCGCUUUUCUUGUAAGUGCUUGUGUGUCACAAAACAAGAGAGUGAGUGGCUUUAUUCCCCGCACAGGUGUGGCUAUAUUUAAAGCUCAGGGUUUAACUUGUUUUAGAUGCGCUCUGCCGCUGCUCAAUGAUGGGAAACUUCUCCCUCGUACAGUAGCAAAGCUGGCUCGGAGGGUUUUCUGGCAGAGGUGAACAACAAAGGUACAUAGCAACGUCAGCGUCAGGUUAGGGCAGCUACCUGGUUACUAACGUCAUGUCAGCAGAACCACAAAUACAGCUCAGAGUUAAUAAUGACAGCCUCAACUUUGACCUUUUUAACAAAGAGUUUAAAAAAACAUCAAAUGGAAAACCACAAAGUACUGUUCCUUUAAGAGAUGUCUGAGGUACGGUGGCCCUGAGAGUCAACUGCACAAACAUUUCACUCAACAUAAAAGAAAACAUUUAAUGAAAAUAAAAAUUUCACUAAAGAAAUUGACAGAAUGGAAACACAUUAACUAUAUGUGGAAGAAAAACUGUUUGAAAAAAACAUGAAAAAAACACGAAUCAAUGACAUUUAAAAAAAAAGAGAAAAAAAGUGCAAAUAAAAAGAGAUCUGUAAAAAAAAUUUUUACUGAUUUUUUAAAAUUUAUUUGCACAUUUUUUAUUUUAUUUUAAUCAAGAGUUUUGCAUUAUGGGAAGUAUUAGUGAGUAGAUGGAUUUUUUUUGCUUGGUAAAAUAUUUUAUUUCUUUAUCUUUUUUGCACAUUUUUGAUUUUCUUUAAUUGUCUUGUGGCUGAUUUUUGCUCUCUGCAAAGUAUUUAAUUUUUUAGUUUAUUUGUUUUGUGAAAUAUUUUGUGUGUCAUGACAUACUUAACAUUUGCCAAUAUUUUUUAAUUUUAUGAGAAUUUUUGGCAUUCAGUCAUUGUUUUGUUUUUUGUUUUUUUUCAUCCCUCGAAAUGACUAAAUAAUUUAGCUUUUUUUUUUUUCAUUUCUGAAACACAUUUGCAUGUUUGACUUUUUUAAGAUACAUGAAAUCCAUAAAUUGUUUUUGCAUUUCCUGAAAUAUUUCUGUGUCUGUGUUUGAAAUGUUUCUGCAUGUAGGGAAGUUUUUUGGGGGUCAUGAAAUGUUUGUCCGUUUGACCCUCAGGGCCACCGUACUGGCUUCAUGUUCAGAGUUUAAAUCUGUGCAUCAGCCGCAGAGCAGUGCAGUGAUUUGGCGCUGUAAUAAGUGAAAAUGAUUAGAGAUCCUGCGGAGGAAUCUUGCUCCGCUUCUCAUGGAGAGGAUUAGCACACUUUUAAGAAUAGCCUCUUUAAUCACAGACCGAGGUUUACUUAACCGCCGCGUUUAUUUUUACAGUCCGUCCGUUUCUAAAGGCUAAUCAGCGCUGCGCUCCCCCUCAGGGACAUAGUUUCCUGUCACUAGACUCCAGAGCAGAAACUGCCGGGCCACCUCGCCACCUUUUAAAGAGCUGCUUUAUCAGUGAGGCUGGAUUGCCUUCUUAAUUAUGGAGCCCAGGAAAAGAGGGGGGCAGCUUUAUCAGUGUAAUUAUGGACCUGGACUCCUCAGCGGUCAGCAGGCAGGGUUCCCCUCCUCGUCCUCGGGGCACGAGUCUGACUCCUGACUCAUGGGAACCAGGAUGAGCAGCAGAGAAACAGCCCAGAGGAGGGCUGAACAAUCCUCUCUGCGAGGAUGCCAAGCCACAGGCACAGAGCUGUUAAAGGGAGCGUCUGGCCGCAUGCUAAUGUUAGCUGUGCUAAAGGUCCCAUUGGAGCCAUAAUUUAGUGUUUUGUUUUUUUUUCUGUUUGGUAAAAUGCUAAAUACUCCUCUGGUCUGCUGUGGCCAAGUAUUGUUUAAACACUGUUGCAUAAACACCCUGCUACUUAAGAUUCAUUUGUGGUCUUUUAAGACGCAGCCCAGUUGUGUGGGCCUGAAUACUGCCUCUUUGUGCGGCUCCAUGCUGUAUGCUAAUGUGCCGUUCAUUAAGUUCAGAUUAUCGCUGUGCUGCUUGUGGAGGAAUUUGGAAUAAACAGAAGAUUAAGAUAUUAGCAUUUUUGGUACCACAGGGAUUAUUUGACCCCGCUGUGAUUGUUGUGAUGUUACCUGUGUGAUCUGUGUGUCCCAUCUGAAGCUGACCUGUGUGUUUGUGUUUGUGUGUGUGUUGCAGGUGUCUGUAUGGCUGGCAGGGCCAGUACUGCGACAAGUGCAUCCCCCACCCCGGCUGUGUUCACGGCACCUGCGGGGAGCCGUGGCAGUGCCUGUGCGACACCAACUGGGGCGGCCAUCUUUGCGAUAAAGGUUAAUUCCCAUCUCUUAUUUCAGUGUCGGCGUCUGUGGGAGCAGCUGUGUUGUGUCAAAACAAAACUAAGGCCGUGUGAAUCGCUCCUUUUCACAGAUCUGAACUACUGCGGCACUCACCAGCCAUGCCUGAACGGAGGGACGUGCAGCAACACAGGACCUGACAAGUACCAGUGUACCUGCGCUGAGGGCUACUCUGGAGCCAACUGCGAGAGAGGUGAGCGUCAGUGAUCCUCGGCGAGAUAAUUCCUUCAUGAUGGCUUCAUAUGAUUUCACUCGCAACACUGAGAGGCGUUCUCGCCGCCUGCUGUCUGAUUCUUUUUUCGGUGUAAUCUCUGAAAAGUCUCCGAGCUUUGAGAGAAAACAGCAUUACUUAAUCGCCUGAGCAUGCGAGCGGGCCGAGCUGUGGUGCUCGUCUGAAAACCGCUCACACUGGUUAGAUUGAAAAUACUUCUCAGCACUGUUAUUGUCCCUGUGGGGAAAUAUGUUUUGGGCUGGAGCGCGGCACACAUUUGGCUGACUCAUAGGUGGUAUUUAUAAAUAAUAAAAAACAUGUAAACAACAGAGUAGCACAUACCGAUCACCACCGCAAAUUACACAUUACAGAUGUCCCCGUUACACAUACCACACAACAAUGAAGAGCGAUAAGAGAUAAGACCACCAUGGAGGUAUUGCUCAACAUGGGAUAUAUGUAAUGUUUUGCUUGGGGAAGUUUUUAAACCGGUUCAGUUUACCCCGAGUUACUCUGAAUGGAGAAUACGAGAUAGAUCUGACAAUAUCGUCUCUGUCUUCAUCAGAACAGGCUGGUUUUAACUCUUGCCAAGUUUCACCCACUCAGAUCUCAUCUGCGUAAACGGAGAGGGAGGAGUGAUGCAACAGCAGGUUCUCUGUAAUGAUUGACCAGCAGUUAUCCUGAUGAAAACAGAGGGAAACAAAGCCCGCAUGCUAACGCUAGAGAAAGUAUAAGAGAUGCUCUUCUCGGUUAAAGUCGAUGUUAUUCAGUCAUAAAUGCAGUUUACCUGCUGUUAAUGUGAAUUGUGAGGUUUUUUUAAUGGAAAAAUUCAGCAGAGACUUGAAUUUAAAGCUGUCCUGGACUAGCUCUCUGUAUGUCAUUGACCUGAGACUAACCGAGGAGCUGCAGGAACCAUGUGGCAGUUUUGGUUUAGAGAGAGGACCCCAGCCUAAAAAUGACAUCAUGGAUAUUUGCCACCUGGAGUAAAAAUAAAGGAUUCACUCCCUCAGGGUCUCAGAUUCACGCUCACACCUCUAAUAGGAGGGAGGUCUUCAGUUUCCUGAGCUUCCAGACAAAAGGUCAGCGGUGCCCUGAGUUUGUAAUCAGAGGAGGUGGUAACUCGGCGGUAAUCUGUUUCCACUUCAGCGUGAGUGGCCCCUGAGUCAGGUAAUCCAGCGGUUUGAUCCUCGGAGGCCGCUCAUCCCGCCGCUCCUCCGCCUUUGGAGACAGGCGGCUGUUGUGCGAAGGUUCAGCUGCUGCGAACACUUACGGUGGAGAUGAUGGUUUUUCCUCAUUAAAUCUGAGCCUCGCGGGGCGCUGACAGCUUAACUGCAGAGAUGUCAGGAAACCGUGCCCUUCCAAACAGGAGGUCCUCGGACGAGGGGAGACGUCAGCCCUAUUGUAACGCCGAGGGCCUCAGGGUGCAGCUCUGCAUCCACCCCCCACCCCACCUCAUCACCGCAUACCGAAAACUGUCCGCUGAUCACCUCCAACCGCCAAGUGAAUCAUUCAUUUUUGAUUCAUUUGGGACCCACUCAGCCUUAACUCGUGCAUAAAGGAAAAACUGUGGGGCAGACGGUGCACCCCCCCGCCCAUCUCCCGCUCGCCCUCCCGCCUCUCUCUCAUCUUGUGCCGCCUCUCAGAAGAAGAAUGGCGGGGAGUCAGAGGGAAGUCACGGUGCGUUGGUCAGGUCAACUUAGCAUGAAAGAUGAUUUCCUGGUGGUGUGGUCUGCCGGGCGGGUAAUGAGAGUGAGAUGGGGUCGGGGGGGAUUUUUGAGCGGGCUUUCAGGACGGGAGAGGAGGGAGGGUGGAGACGGGUGAGGACAGGAGAUGACCCCUGGGUGUGUUCUCCUGAUAGAGGUCCUGAGUGAAGGACUGGGAGGUGGAUGUGCACGUUUGCAUCUGGUCUGGUGCAGAAAUAGGAUCUUUCUAAAUGUAAGACAGAUAACAUCCAGUCUCUGUUUCCUGCCAUGAUUUCAAAAAUCCUCUUUGUGGUUCUAGCGGAGCACGCCUGCCUGUCCAAUCCCUGCUCGAACGGAGGAACCUGCUCAGAAACCAGUCAGGGCUACGAGUGUCAGUGUGCGCCGGGGUGGAGCGGCCCCUCCUGCACCAUCAGUAAGAUUACACCAGACCUCAAUCCCUCAGAUGUCAGAAGUCUUAUGGAGAAAAUCAUGUAGAAUAACCCGAGUUUUUUUUUCUCUCUCUCUGCUCAGAUGUGGAUGACUGCUCUCCAAACCCCUGUAACCACGGGGGAACGUGCCAGGAUCAGGUCAACGGCUACAAGUGCGUCUGCCCCUCUCAGUGGUCAGGGAAGACAUGUCUGAUCGGUGAGCCUCUUUUCCUCCCUCCACCACUUCACGCCUGUCAGCUGCACAUGCAAAUGCCUCCAACACCCCCCUUUCUUUUUUCUUUUUUUUUUCCUCUCUAGAUGCCAACGAAUGUGAGGCAAAGCCUUGUGUCAAUGCCAACUCCUGCCGCAACCUGAUUGGUGGAUACUUCUGCGAGUGUAUUCCUGGUUGGACGGGGCAGAACUGCGACACAAGUGAGUCGAAGGCUGUCAGCUGCAGCUGUGGACCCGAACACAUGUCCAGCUCCUGCUUUUUUUACUCCUGUCCUUCUGUUCGUCGGGUUUUAAAGCUGUCAUAUGAAGGAAAUAAUGAGACAAGUGCAGCCUUUCCCUCCUCCCUGCGAGUAAAUCUGCUGUCUCAUUAUUAGGCCUGUGUGUGGCCAAGGCUGUGGUGAUUAGAGGUGGCUCAAAACAAUCCCAGGACUAGUUUCGCUUGGCAGCAGACAGGAUUGCUCAAUACUCUGAGUUGCACUGAUUCUGCUGCCACGUUAUCCAGCUCGCUCUCUCUCUCUCUUUCCCUCUGACCAUGUUUUUAAAGGCCCCUAGCAUGGGAAACAUAAAGCACAGACUUGUUUUCAAAGACAGCCUAUUUGGUCAAGCCGUUCAGAAUUAAUCCUCCGAUUUGUUUUCUUGUGCAGAUAUAAAUGACUGCAAGGACCAGUGCCAGAAUGGAGGGACCUGCAAGGUACGUGCAGCUUUAUCUGGCCUGUUUGUUUGCUCUGUUAUCUUUGAGUCCAAGCCUGAGACAUGUACGCUGGUUUUUAUAAAUAGCUGCGUUAAAGAGUUUUCUCCAAACCGACUGGAGUUGUUGUGGAAUUCCUCCCUGAAAUCAAAUCCAAGGGGAGCGGGUUCAGAGGGGUUUCUGUAGGAGGGGCCCGGAGCUUCUUGACCACACUAGAUUGAAUUACCAUCAACAUUAUUGUCUUGAGUCGCUGCCAGGAAAAUGUGUUGAAAUAAUUGCCGAGCUGUGAUAAUGUUCCCCGUCCUCGCUCUUUGUCCUUCUCUCUGGUUUGACAGUUAUUGUUUGGACCCCACCCUGUCAAAGCAGUCGCUCAGAUCUGAGGUAAACUUUACUUCCUGUCUUUUCAGGAUUUGGUAAACGGCUACCGAUGCGUGUGCCCACCCGGCUUCGCUGGCGAGCACUGCGAGAGGGACAUCGACGAGUGCGCGAGCUCGCCGUGUCUGAACGGAGGGCGCUGUAAGGACGAAGUCAACGGCUUUCAGUGUCUCUGUCUCGCCGGGUUUUCUGGAAAUCUCUGCCAGGUAACGACGCUCCACAAACUACAACUAGUGAUGACUGAUUUAAGUCUUUUGAGUUUGGCGUGCAGUAGGGCUGGGCGAUAUGGCCUCAAAUCAAUAUCACGAUAAAUGGACGAUAACUACUCCACAUGCUGCUCACCCCCUCCCACAUUAACUUUGUCUACUUCAGCUGCUACAACUCUUGAACCGUAGGACAGCGUCUUAAAGGGACAUGAGACUAUAGCCGACCUACACACAUCCAAAAAAAACCUUUUAUUUAUUUAUCUAUUUUUGACACUAAAAAAUGGGCGAAAAGACGUUGGUUAUUGUCGUAAAUUUCAGUAUCAAUAAAUUUUCGGUUUAUCGCCCAGCCCUACCAUAAAUGACUGUUUUAACACAUUUGAGUGUUGUGUACAGUGACCAAAAAUGGUCGUAUCGAACAUGUCAGGGAGGUUUAAACUCAGUUAAGUCGUCAUGGUGACAUCGCCACGCUCUGAUACUUGACUUUGACGAGCCUCAGCUCUCUGGAGGUGGCCCUGGAUCUGUCCUAAAGCGUCUCCUGUGCAGCCAGCUGAGGACAUGAAUCCAGAACAGCAUCCUCCCUGCUCCCCCUUUUUCCCUUCAUUACUGUAUCUUUGGGUUUGUUGUAAAGUUUCCCUGCCUGCCCCACCCUCCUCCUCAGCUCCUCGGCUGUUGUUCCACAGUCCUCCUUUUAAAAAGGGAGUGCUUUGUUGAAGCUGCUCCUGGCUGCAGCGGGAUACAUUCCUCAGCGCUGAAGCCCAGACUCAGAGGACGGCUCCCAUGUCUCUGCCUUGUUUUUCCCCUCCGUCUGAGCGCCGUGCGUGUGUUGUUUCCUGGCACGGCCUGCAGGGAGGAUGCUGUGGGUUUUGCUCUGUUUAGUGUAGCAGAAACUAUGUCAGCUAUCAGGUUCACCGCUCUCUAUUCAAUACCUCUAUUCUGUCUCAGCUGGAUAUCGAUUACUGCUCGCCCAACCCCUGUCAGAACGGGGCGCCCUGCUUCAACCUGGCCACCGAUUACUACUGCGCCUGCCCGGAGGACUACGAGGGCAAGAACUGCUCCCACCUCAAAGACCACUGUCGCACCACCACGUGUAAAGGUACGCCUCCGUCCUGCAACAACCACAAACUCUUUCACUUUUUCCACAAAGAAUAAGGCCAGAGUUUCUCCUGCCCACAUUUCUCCCACGAGGGUCAUACCUGUUCUUUAGUUUCCCGCUCUUGGCCAAGGUGAGCAGGUUUCUUAAAGUGAUGAAUGCCCCCCUCCGUCUCUUUAGCCGAGCUUUUCCACUGAUUCUCCCUCUGAGCUCCUUGAGAAUCUGGCAGAAGGCUGAUAGCGCUGUGUGUGUUCUCUCGGUAAUGACUUGGUGGGCUACCUCUUCUUUUUCCCCCUCAAUGAGCGUGCACAUUUUUCUGCGUCUGUGUCUGUGAGUGUGUGUAAUUGAGUGAGUGGACCAACCACAGAGUCAGAUAGCAGAGGGCGAGAUUCUCUCUCUCUCUCUCUCUCUGGGCAAGAAUUAAGUGAUUACGGGGGAGCGAAUUCGGCCCGCUCCUCUAACCUGAUCAGACAGGGGGAAAGAAGGGAUUUCAGCGCCGAGAGAGCGAGGGAGAUCGCUCUCAAUUGCUUAUGAAAGCAUAAAAGCUUAUCGCCCUUUUCUUUCGUCGUUUUUAAAAAUUAGACUCAUCGGGGAAGAGAGAGUCAGCGUAAAAACACGUAACAUCUGAUUCUGCCUCCUCUUUGCAGUGAUUGACAGUUGCACAGUCGCCGUCGCCUCGAACAGCACGCCGGGAGGAGAGCGUUACAUCUCCUCCAACGUGUGCGGACCUCACGGGCGCUGCAGGAGUCAGGCAGGGGGACAGUUCAGCUGCGAGUGCCAGGAGGGCUUCAGAGGGACCUACUGCCACGAGAGUAAGACUCAGACACACAAAGUCAAACGCAAAAACAUGAGAGGGUGGAGGACUGUAAGGCAAAUAAAAACAAGAUCUGUGAAAUCAGGCGCCGAGCAGAAAUGAGCGAGGGAUGAUAAAACUUUGAAUCGUUUCAGACAUCAACGACUGCGAGAGCAACCCGUGCCGCAACGGAGGCACCUGCAUCGACAAAGUCAGCGUGUACCAGUGCAUCUGCGGCGACGGCUGGGAGGGCGACCACUGCGAGAUCAGUGAGUGUGACCUCGGAGCAAACCCUCAUGUGACUGUUUGAUUCAUGCGCCGGGAUAAUCAUCCCCGUUUGAUGUUUUAUGAUGCGUUCGAUGCGCCGCGCAUUAAUCACUCGCCCGUUCAAUGUCUCCACCAGACAUCGAUGACUGCAGCACCAACCCCUGUCAUAAUGGCGGGACGUGUCGAGACCUGGUGACUGAUUUCUUCUGCGAGUGCAAGAAUGGCUGGAAGGGAAAGACGUGCCACUCCCGUAAGAGCCCUAUUUUAGUUUUUUCCACGCCCGUGUAGUCUGUCUGUGCAGGCUCAUGGUAUGUGCUGAUGGCUGUAUAUAAUUACCCAAUCUUCUUCUAUACUGUAUGAGUGUGUUGAUUCAGACCCGCUAAGAUUUUAAACGCUCCCUCCAGGCGAGAGUCAGUGCGAUGAGGCCACAUGCAACAACGGAGGCACCUGCCACGACGAGGGCGACACCUUCCAGUGCAAGUGUUCCCCGGGUUGGGAGGGUACGACGUGUAACAUAGGUGAGUCACAGGAUCACGGCGGUUGGGGUUUGAUGUCUGACAAUCAUGCACACACACACACACACACACACACACACACACACACACACACACACACAGAGAAAAUUGCUCUGUGGGAGAGCUCCGUCUUGUCUGGGAUAUUAAUCAGAUCUGUCAGAUCUGAGAGGUCCACAAACAGAUUUUAUCCUCUCGCUCUGUCAGCGCUCCCUCCCCUCCCCGUCCCUGUGUUCGCCCAUUUCUCCCUCUCCUGUGAGUGCUGACAGAUAUCCGCUUAAAAUCCCUGAUUGCACUGACAAUGCACUUCAAAGCGGAGGAAUGCAGAUUCCCUCGGAGAAAAGGAAACCCCUAAAGAAAAAAGACGGUGCAGCAGCAGUCUCCUGUGACCGUUUUAAGGUUUACGAGCUCUGAUUUGACUGAUAAUCCUCUUUAAAGUUCAGGAAAAAAAAAAACACUUUUUUUUUCUACUUUUCAACAGCUAAGAACUCCAGCUGUCUUCCAAACCCCUGCGAGAACGGAGGUACCUGCGUGGUGACCGGGGAGUCGUUCACCUGCGUCUGCAAAGAGGGCUGGGAGGGUCCCACGUGUACGCAGAGUAAGUGCAACUCAAAGAGGGGGGGGAGAGGAUGGGAUAAAGGGGGGAGGGGGGGGACAGUUAUUACUAUUAAAGGAUGAUAAAGCUCCUGCUACCAAGAGCAGAGGUGAACUCCUGCAUCUGAUUAAAGCCCACUCCUUCAUCUUUACCUUCUUUUCUGAUUUAAUCUCCCCCCUCUCCCCCCUGGCUGCUGCCGGCCAUGAGAGGAGAAAGAAAAGAGGAGGAGGAGGGGGGAGAGGGGCUCAGGAAAGUGGAGACAGAUGUUUCUCCCCCCUCCACACCCCUCUCUCUCUCCCCUCUCGUUGCAUUCCUGUCCAAACAGUGACAUGUCGGCUUGUUCUACAGCUCUCCUCUAUUUCCCUCCACACUUAGAUCCUCCAAAAACAGAAAUUCCCCGGCUUUUGUAAAACGAGGAGGGAGGGGGGGAGUGUGGGUGAGGAGGUGUUGUAGGAGGCGAAAUGAGGGGAGCUGUGUUUCAUUUCUGAGGGUGAGAGUCGACAUGAUUGUUUGCUCGGUUUUGUUAAUAAGGCAGAGUAAUCGUGCAGCGCGGCGUCCAGGCCCGACCGGCCCAACACGCCUCUGCACACGCAAGCCCAGACGUGCUCUCUGUCGUCAUGUGCACUAAACAUGAGAGAGAAAACCCAACACACUCACUCACUCUCUGUCUCUGUAUUUUUCUCUCGCAGAUACCAACGACUGCAGUCCCCACCCAUGGUAAGUGGAAGCCAAACAUUUCCUGUAGAUUUGGACCGAUGUAAACAGGCAGCUCCUCCUGUGUCAGAGUUUCUCACCUGCAGGCUCUCUCUCUCUCUCUCUCUCUCUCUGGUUCUCCGUGUGCUGAGAACCAGGCUCAGGCGUGCACCCCUCCCUGUCAUUCCUGGGAUGCAAUCAGCUCGCUCUCUUUUGUGAACUCCCGGGCGCGACUUUUAUUUAACCACACACUGCUGCAGCUACACUCCCAAACACUCGCACACUUGUUUCAUAAAGAGAACGAGUCUGAUUGCCUGAAUUGGCGUCAAUAAACUGUUAUUAUGGGUAGACUGGUGAGAAAAUCCCAGCUGAAGAGGCGUGAUAGAAAAGAGGCACGAGAGGUGAAUCUGUGCCACAAGCCUGGAGGAGAAAACGGAGUCUGACGAGAGCAGCCGUCACAAACCAACAAAUCGACGAUAAAUAAUUAUCCGUCCUGUAUUUAUACCGUCUGACUUAGCCCUCCUCCAGGUGCAAAUAUAAACAACAUUAAUACUUUCCAACUGCUCUUUUAGCUGCUUUUCUACCACAAGUAGCAUAUACUUCAUUUCAAAAUAAAAGCAUGUUAUCACAACAAAGGGUGCAAAAUGAUCAAGCACAAAAAAAUCAAAUGUUUAUCCUGUCUAACUGCUCCUUAGCCUUUUUCGCUCCGUUCUGUUACCAGAAGAAGCUUGUAUGUAAUUUCAAAAUAAAAGCAUGCUAUCACAACACAGGGAGCAAAGCAAACAGCUUCUAAAUAUAUAUGAAAAGUUUCUACUUUCAUUCUAUUCCUUCAGCUGUUUUCACUCAGUUCUACUACCUACAAUCUACCAGGAGAAGAAUCUAUGCAAUUUCAAAAUAAAAGUACGGUUCUACAAUACAGGAAUUAAGAAAUCUAAAUGCAGGAUUGUGCAAAUAUUAAAUUAAGAGCGUCAAAAACAAUCUUCAACUCAAAUAGCACAUAUCAUGUCAACUUUCUAACUCAUGGAAGUUGUAUGCAUGCAUUUCAAAAUAAAAGCAUGCCUUUGUAAUACAGAAAACAAAGCAGCCUGAGCCUAAAUAACAAACAUGUCAAAAUAAAAGCACAACAACUGUAGAUACUACAGAUUAAAGUGAGGGACUCUAUCUAGAUCCCAAAAAACAUCUUUCAAAAUAAAAGCAUGUCUUAACAAUAUAGGUAACAAAGCAACUUUAACCGAUGACAAUACAAACCUCAAAAUAAAAUCUUCAAAACAUUCAUUAUAUAAUUUAACACACGUUGAAUGAGCUCGUUUAAAGCUGUGAGUAUCGGCUAUAAACGCAGGAAGAGACAACAGAUGAACAGUCUUCCUUUCCUGCCAGUUGGAGAGAAUUUUGCCAUCAUAAAAAUGUUCAUAAAGGGUGUUUAUGAAGCGUGUGUAGUGUAAAAUCAUAUGAAGGAGAAGAGUGUGGUUUUGAGUUUAAUUACACGUCUCCAUCAUCGCUGAAAGAUAACCCUCAGCAUCAUUAAACCUCGAUUAAAGUCAUUUGUGUGAGCUAGUAAAGUUUAUGAACUAUCGCGUCGCUCCACCCUUAAUCUGACUGAUAGUGAUUAUUGUUUUACAAGCUUUCCAUAAAUAUUUCAGUUUUGGCUCCAGCUCUCAUGAGUCUAACGCAUCUUCUCUGUCUCUCUGCAGCUACAACAGCGGCACCUGUGUGGACGGGGAUAACUGGUACCGCUGCGAGUGCGCUGCAGGCUUCGCUGGUCCAGACUGUCGGAUCAGUGAGUAUUAACCCAGCCUCUUACUGUUCCAUCUCUAAGUCCAGGUACAAGCCGCAGGACCGUCACUGGCGGCCCAAAUGGAAGGUCUAGUCGGCCAAUUAUCUGCGCAGUGGGCUACAGGCCAGACCGAGCCAUUUCAGUGUCACUCCGCCGGGCCCUGAUGCUGUCCCCGGGGGAAACCGGCUUAGCGAGCCAGCAGCUAAUCAGCCGUGCUCUCUGACACUGAUUACACAGAUUGUUUUGCCUCUUAAAGGCUUUCAGAUGGCCACAUUCUUUCCCAUUGCAGAGCCUUUGUUCUGCUAAGUCCAGCCUUCAGCUCCUGCAUACCUGCUAAUGAUGCUGCCUUUAAUAAAGCUGCAUGGGGCAAAGCGUCCCAGGCUGAUUCAAAGCAUAUUUGCUUGUUUUUAUUAACUGCUUUCUGUGUGUGUGUGUGUGUGUGUGUGUGUGUGUGUGUGUGUGUGUGUGUGUGUGUGUGUACUCUUCAAAUGACACAUGACCCCAGUGAAUUAGAUUUGUGUGCCAACUGCUUAACCUGCUAUUAGUGUCCCGUCCGCCUGCGCUCUCAGUCUAAAUGGAGUUGUUUCUUUCCUCUCUCUCUCUCUCUCUCGCGCUCUCUCUCUGUCUCUCUCCCUCUCCUUCUCCCUCUCCCUCUCCCUCUCCCUCUCUCUCUCUCUGCCACAGAUAUUAACGAGUGCCAGUCCUCCCCCUGCGCCUUCGGCUCCACCUGUGUGGACGAGAUCAACGGAUAUCGCUGCCUGUGUCCACCAGACCGGACUGGACCCCACUGUCAAGAAGGUACGAGUCUUUACUUCCUGAUAAAGGACAAUUCCACUCAAAUAAAGCAUCUCCUCUGGAUUCAUCAGUCCUAAACUCUCAGUGCAUGUUAAGUAGAUGUCUUUCCAUUGUCUGCAACUUUAAAAGAAAGCUGUGGAUUGACUCUUAACUUGUUUUAAUGGAAAACUCUUGAUUUAAUACCUUUUAGGCAUUGCACAUAAUCAUGAUAAUGUCACCAGACGGUUGGGAAUUGGCAGGACAGUCAUGUAGAGAUGCAUCAGGAUAUCUGAUUAUUUUAGUUUAGUUUAGUUUAUUAAGGAUCCCCAUUAGUCUAGUCUAGACUAUUCUUCCUGGGGUCCAGGCAAAAAACAUCACACAAUCACAAAAACAAAUCAUACAAUGCAGUACAGCAUGAUCAAUAAUAAAAUUUUAUAAUACAAAAAUAGCAACAAUAAGCAAAAAAACCAAUGACUUAGAGUUUACAUAAUAAUGUUCAUACCAAAGAUAAAAAAGAGCAAUAUAAAAAUAUAUUUUUUAGCAGAAAUAAAACAAAGAACCAAAGGCCUACAAUAUCCACAUUAGUGUACCAAAGACAAACAAUAUUCUAAGUGAUGAAAAAGUACCAUAAUGAAUAAAAUAUGACAUAAAGUACAGACAAAUCAAGAUAAUAUCAAUAUAAAAACGAAAACCAGAUCAGCACCAAUGAGGAGUCUUGAAGUUUCGUUGUUGUGGGUUAAAUGUGAAGGAAACCUGCUCAGAGCAGCAAAAAUAAUUGUCAAUUUUUGGCACCAGUGAUGCUUUACUCUGCCAGUAGCUAAUUCUGAUGGAACUUUGAACCUUAAUUUUAUUGAAUAUGUGCCCUUUAAGAUGAAAUACACGUUUGAACUACUCUUUAAUGCACAUUUGCAUACAGCUGCCUCGAAGUAUUAAACCAGAUGUGCUCACUCUUGACUUUGUUCUUUUUACCUGUUUAGUUUUCUUAGUUUUAUUCACAAAAAGCACAAAAUAACCUCAUGUUAAGCCGUCUUCAUGAUGCAUGUGUCUAAUCCUGUGAUUGUAUCCGACUCAGUGACGAGGAAACCCUGCUCUGUUAACGGACACGUCACCCCUGAUGGAGUCAAAUGGGACGAAGACUGCAACACGUGUCACUGCGCCAAUGGGAAAGUUGUGUGCACGAAGGUAAGAGCGAACAGACCGACUCUGCCAACUCUCUGGGCGAUGUAAAAACUGAGGUUUUUAUGGGGUCUCUGCACAGCUGUGAGGACCAUGAAGUCAUUGUUGACUAAUAGGAGAAGCUUAACCAGGCAGUAAACAGUGAUUUUAAAGACUCGAAGGUUGUGUGGGCGACUCGAUCCUCGGAAGAGUCAGUGUCGCAGGGUGGAGCCGGUUUGGGAGUGUCGGGUUCGAUACAGAGAUGAUGCAGCUUGUUUUGAAAGGAAGCACAAUGGCUGUUUGAAGAAGGUGUCAGAUGUCAGUUCAGAGUCUCCCACCGGGUGAAGAUGAGGUGAUAUACAGUAGCCAUCAUUAUUAUUCUCAGCAGAGCGCCUGAUGAACAAUGGCGCCUCUCUGAUUCGGCUCCCCUCAGGAGAAAACACAUCAUGAUGUGAACUUGAUCUGCAGCUGGAAGGUAAAUCGCUCUGAUAUGGGAACGCAGUAGAUCUGCGAGGAUUACAGGUACUUUUCACCAGCAGAAAUCCGUGUUUCAUGCUCCUUGAAGAAGCAGAUUUCACAUCGUGGAGUGGAGGGAAUCUAAUCUUUUCAGGGCCGUUACGAUCCAUGACCAGAGAAAUUAAAUCAGCGGGUUUUCCCCGACAUGUUUACGGCUCAGUGAAGUGCUGAGUCUGUGGAGUCCAGAGUUAUCAACACAUUCCAGCCAGGAACACGUGAAAAGGACCUUUUUAGACACUUCAUGGACAUUUACAAAUUAAAACAGGGUUACUCGGCUCCCUUUUUCACUCAAAAUCUGCUUUUUUAAUCUCUGUAAAUCGUUCAGAGAUUCAAAAAUACAGAUUUUAAAGAAACUGAUGCAGAAAAAUGACAGCCAGGCGAGUUUUCGGGGAUAAAUGAUCAUUUAAUGUACAGUUUGUGAAAUUAAAGCAUCACUUUCUCUCUUCAGAUGUGGUGCGGUCCUACGUCAUGCCACCUCGGGGUCAAAGGUCGCAGCGGGUGUCCUUCAGGACAGAGCUGCCUCCCCAUCAGGGAGGGCCACUGUUUCGUGAAGCCCUGCCUCGGCUUGGGAGAGUGCUGGCGCUCCAACCCUCCCCCGCCGACGACCAAGUGCCACCCCAGCUCCAGUUUCCAGGACAACAGCUGCGCCAACAUCACCUUCACCUUCAACAAAGAGACCAUGCCUUCGGUGAGUCACCUGGGCACCGAGGAGAUCGGAUUUAAGGGUUUAUGGGUCACUUUUCACAGCUCUCCUCCAGCAGCACCCGUCCUGAAACGGAGCGGCGAAGUGUGAAAGAUCCGAUUUUCAGAGCUUGACCAGAACUCCUCCAGAAAAAAAAGCUCCUGAACAAUUCAGUCACAUGUUGUUACCUAUGAAAAGUUUUACAUGACUCUGUCUGAAUCGAUCUUUGACGAUAACUCUAACAGAUAGAGACCUCCAGCUUUGAGCAGCUGAAAGUUUGACAUCCCUGUAUCAGAAUCAGACGGCUGUAGAUCAACACAAACAUCAGGAAAGAGGAUAAAGACAAACAGGCAGUAACAGAAAAACAUGUUUCUUUACAUUUUUAUAUUUCAAGCCUGAAAAAACGUAUAAAAUCAGCAGAGUUAAUGUGGUUAAAAAACAAAUGCGCUGUGUUAACGUGCAGAGAUCUCGCCGUGGGGCGUCUCUGUUCGCGUAAUCCUUUAUUUGAUCCAAAAUAAAAACCACAGGAACUGAAGCAAAGUUUACAAAUGUGAAAAUGAUCCAUGCAACAUGAAGCUGUACUUCUGAUGCAGAUUAAAUUUUUACAGAUUUUCAUUCAUACUUCCCUUUAAGCCACAGUUGAGACUCUUUAAACUCUGAUUUUAUGGAUUCUAGCAAUUUAAAUGAUUUGGAUUUUUUUAAGAAAUGACUCUUAACAAAAGCAAAAACAUCCUCCGACUCGUUUCUCCUGCAGGAUUAAAAGAGCUCGACACGCUCAUGGAAGAAAAACCCUGAUCUGUCACUUCUCCCCGAGUUUCUUUGUCCAAGUUCUUUGUGUUCCUGAGAAUCAGUCGUUCAGGACUCGUCUGCUCCUGCCAGUCCCCUCUUAACCCCACCGCACUUCAAGAUUGAUUUUUAGGAUCUUAUGGAUUUGAGCUAAAUAGGACCACUGGCGACUCUGUCACCACAGAGGAUCAUCUCACGCCAGCUUCCUAACAAGCAUGACAGCAGAUAGUGACAAGCAUAUGAGCCUGUGGUCUUUAAUCUAAAUGAGGUGGAUCCCGACCAGAUAGCACGUCACCUCGCUGCCAAAACACGGGCGGUUGUUCUCUUUUCUUCCUGAUUGCCCUUUUUUUUCUUUCCAUGAGUCUAACAUGUGCUUCCUCUGGUGUUCCUGUGCAGAGUCUGACAGUGGAGGGUGUCUGUAAGCAGCUGAGGCGCCUCUACGUGGUGAAGAAUUUCUCCUUGGAGCACUCUGUGUCCAUAACCUGUGACCCCUCAUUCUCAGCCAGCAACGAGAUCCACGUCUGCAUCGUAAGUACCCGCUCUCCUCCAGCUCCCACUCCGCCAUGUGCCAACUGCCUCCAUUAACGCAUCCUCAGACUCUCCGCUGUGAUUUAUAGCCUGCAGCAUGCAUUCUUCACCGCAUUAGGACUCCCUCUAAUGGGAUAUGAGCUGGAUUUAGGGUUGGUUGUUUUCUGUCAUCAGCUGACAGCGAGUAAACAUGAUCAGUGGCGGCUGGCGAUUGAACUUAAACCAACAGAUUUCCAACCUGACUUUGUUCUUGGCUUUUCCAGUCGACCGAGGACCAUCGUUUGGACCGGAGCCCCAUCAAAGAGCUCACAGACAGGAUAAUCGACCUGGUUAGCAAACGCAACGGGAACAACACCAUCAUCACCGCCAUCGUGGAGGUGCGCGUGCCAAGCCCCAGCAAAACUGGUAUGAACCGCCUCCAAACUGAGCCUGUGAAGUGUCUGAGACGUGCACACACUUGCAUGUGCAGAAAUGGGUGGGAGGAUGUUUCUUUUUUUUCUUUGUUGCUUCGCUGAAAAAAGUCAGACUAGAUGGAGCCAAGCCCUGAGAAAGACGGCAAUGGCAGGCGCUAGAGAGAGAGUGCACGUAUGAAAAAUCACUCCGAACCCUCCCACAUAACUCGGGCCGCCCAGGUCUGCCAUCUCAUGGAGCUUUAGCAGAAUCUAGCCAGGAUUUGGAUGGAAAGAGCAGAGCUGUUGGCUACGCGGCUUUUUAGAUUGGCUCGUCCUGUGACUGGCUGGACUGUGACGAGUCAGACUCCCACAUGUGUCCGCCAUUCAUCAACACAGUGACAGCAGACCGCCGCCACGGCCAAAUAGAAGCAGCCUGCGCCUCUGUUCAGGACUCAGAGGUCAGGUUGCACCGGCUAAAGCGUGCUAAUGAUUUAGCAGCAGGCUGGGUGGAGUAACAGAAUUUUAACACUCAGAGUUUUUGUUUCACCUGAAGUUUUAGAGGUCUUAUUUACUCAGGAAGUGUCGUUGUAAACAUUUCUAAUAUCAGGUUUACGUUCAGCUUCAUUAUACCCACUGUCGCUCAUUAGCUUCUCUGACCAAGCAUGAGCAUUUUUAACAGUUACAGAUAAUAAAUGUUGAUGACAGAUCUCUAAUUUUAGCCGUUUGAGUUGAGUUUUAGACAUCUCAUCUCAACUUUUACCCUUUGGUGUAAAUAUUCAGCUUUUAUCCCACACUGUAGAUCGAUAACAUUACUAAACAUUAAUAUUGUCUAUUUCUGAGGAUGUUCAAAUCUCACUGAGAUUGCCUCUUUAAAAGGAUGUUUGUGAGCUUCGAUUUUUUAUUUCCUUUAUUGUAUGCUUUUAUUUUGAAAUGGCGUACUUGUUUCUCCCAAUAGAACUGAAAUGAUAAUAUCUUAUUUUUGAGGACUGCUACAGCGAGCUGCUGCUGCUGCUCCUGCGUCUUCUUCAUAUUUCUCGUUUAAUGAUGGGUUGCAAUCAGCUCAAAAUAUGGCGACCACGCCAUAAAAAGGACAGUUUUUUUUGUCAUCACUUGGUUUUCCCAGAAGCCUCGGCGUCAUUCAGAGCUUGGAAACAUCAGCUAAAGUAGAAUUUGCAUGCCGGCUACCAGCUUCUAUGAAGAGCAGAGCGUGUUGUAACUAAUUCUCAGAGCUCUGAUUUAUUUGCAUGCACACAAGAUCAAACAGCAAAAUCCACUCUAAAGCAGGUAACAUUUCCACAGGAAACGAAAAAGAAAAAGAGGAAUCAAUUUUCGUCAUGUUCCUCAGUGAAAUCCGCCGGUAAAUGUUUCAGGUUUUUUUUCAUAAAGUUCCCCACAAGCUAACGCAACAAAUACUUUCAUCUGAUUGAACCACAAAGAUGCCGAUCAAGCUGACAGACAUUUCAGUCUGGCCAACCACAGCCCAAAACUCACUGUCCGUACACGCCCAUCUCUACAGCGAUUCGACAAAUUCAAGUUUGAUUGUAGUCGAUUCGUUCUGCUAAUGUACGGCUCUCAGACGAGGGAUUAUGCAGGAAAUCUGUAACGAUUAGCUGAGAUACAAGCCUGCGUAGCGCUGCAACUCAAAGCAAGUAGCUGCGACGAUGCUAAUUGCUAACGCACGGGACGCACAGCGCAGCGAGUCGACCUGUGGGAAACCGGCGAUAUUGGAGCGCAGCAGGAAACAACAAUAAGGUGAGAGAGAAAAAAAUGAUCAGCCGUGAUGGCGGUGAUCCAAGAGCCGUUCACAUCGACUUCCGUCUUUUUAACAAAUCGGGAAAUGGCGAAGUGUCGUAUGCUUACUUGUUGUAAGUCAAUAUACCGUCACAAAAGUUUGUAAAAUAUCACAGAAAGGUUGAAAAGUGAUUUUGUGUUGGUUUAAAGUCUGCGCCCUCUCUCUGACCUUCCUUCCUUUGUCUUCACAGACUACCUGGUGCCCCUCCUAAGCUCCAUCUUCAUCGUCAUCUGGGUCCUCGUGCUGGUCUCCAUCUUGCUGUGGUGCUUGCGCCGCCGGCGGAAACAGAGCAAUCACAACGGGACGACAGUCACCGGCUCGGAGGACAACACCACCAACAACGUGCGGGAGCAGCUGAACCAGAUCAAGAACCCUAUAGAGAAGCACCUCUCGGUGUCCAUCAAAGACUACGAGAACAAGAACUCCAUCAUUGCCAAAAUAAGGACAAAUCAUCCCGAAGGGGAUGAGGACGACAAGGAGAGGCACUUACAGAAGGGCCGCUUUGCCAAACAGCCAGCAUACACACUGGUGGAGAGGGACGAGAAGACGCCCAUCUCCAACCCCAACUCCACAUCCAAAAACCCCAAUUGGACUAAUAAACAGGACAACAGAGACUUGGAGACAGCAAACAGCAUAAACAGGAUGGACUACAUUGUAUAGCAGACAGCUGUGUUGCCGUGCAACCAAGCCUAAUGCCUUCACACCCCGGUGGUGGGUGGAACGGGGGAACUUUGGCAGGUGUAGUUAGUACACUGUCAUGUCAGCGGUGACCCCUCAGUAUUUUCAGAUAUUCCCCGUGUUAAUUUAAGUUUUGACAAGCUGGCUUACACUGGCAGUGACAGUUGCUUUGGUUGGCUGGAAACACAAGGCACUGGUAUACAUUUCACUGUAGAAGUAGUUCGACCAUGUCCUCCUCUGCAUUUCAUUUCAUUUGUUUUUAAACAUAGUGGACACAUGGAAGGGGCUCCUGGUGUAAUUGUUGUACAAUGACUAAAACGACCCGACGUGUUCGACACUAGAGCUAACUCUCUCUUUUAGUUUGUGUUUGAAUUCUUUCUAGCUCUGUUUGGAGAAAGUGCCUUUUUUCAGCUUUAGACUUCAGCAACUGUCAAAUGAGAAAAAAAAAAAAAAAGAAAGAUCAUCUUUAUUAUUUAUUUUUAUUUUUCGGGGGAGGGAGGGAAGAGGGGGGGUCAAUGUCAGCAGUUGCUGCCAAUAUGAAGAAUUUAUGUGUCGAUUUAGAAACAUGUAGAUAUGUACAUUUUUUUAUUAAUCAUUGUGUAUAUUUGAUUUAUUAACUUAAUAAUCAAGAGCCUUAAGAUAUCAUUCCUUUUUAUUUAUAUGUUCUGUCUAGUUUGAAGGUUUUGAUAGCUGUGGAAGCCUACCAUUUCUUUCAAUUUCUUAAUUUUUCCAAAGCCAAAUUUCAAAGAAGACAAAGGACGGGCACUUUUUCGCCUGAGAGAGACAGAGAAAGAGACUUUUUUUUUGUUUUUUCGUUCUUCCACGCAUUAGACAUUUCAUCAUUUGUUGCCAAGACCUCGACUGAAGACAAGUGAGGUCAGGACAACAAAAGUACCACGGCUGCUGCGAGGGACAGACAUGGUGGCAGACAUAUUGCUUGCCACUAAUGGAUUAAUACUUAAGGGAACAAAAAUCCUUCAGCGGCUUCAGUUUAACCCAUUGACACAUUUCAAAGGCUGUCGAGGCGAGUCGAGUCAACAUGACACGCCAGAAUUCCCAUCUGCGUUAGUCAGCGUAAUAUCAUAAGCUUAGAGUACUUGAAGAGAAAGGGGGGCGAUGGGAACACUGUAGAGUCGGAUGAUGAAACACACUGCCUUGCUCAGAGAGUCUGCUUUGUUUCUGUGCACAUUUGUUUCUUUUUCAAAAUGAGGCUCUUAAAGACAAACAUGUUUUAUCUCAUUUGUUAACCCCUUUGAGAUCAUGGCAACAUUUUGUCCUAUUUUUGACUUUUGUGUUCUGAACUUGAGAAUUAUUUGUUGAUCUGGCAAUAUAUUUUUGAAAGUCAUAUUUAUUAAAUAUUUUGUAUGAAAAGAGAAUUAAAGUCGUCUUUGUUCUGGA